AUGUCGUCACCACUAUUCAGCCAGCUCGAAGCCUACAAGCAGCCGACGAUUCGCGAGGAAUCUGGGUAUGCUUCUGCGGCCUCGAGCCAAGAGAGCUUGACAGAGAUCUACUUUACCAAGCCGCACCUCAAGUUCAUCAACGCCCAAUUGCAGAAACUGGAACCGCAGGACAUUUUGAAAUGGUGCAUCACAUCUUUGCCAGGCCUCUUUCAGACAACAGCCUUUGGCCUUACCGGACUGGUCACCAUUGAUAUGCUGUCCAAGCUCGAGGGACCAAUGAGCCACAACAUCGACCUCAUCUUCUUGGAUACCUUGUAUCACUUUGACGAAACCUAUGCCCUUGUAGACCGGGUUCGAAGACGCUAUGGGACCCACGUCCACGUGUACAAGCCUGCUGGUUGCGACAAUGUCGACCAGUUCAUCGCAAAACAUGGCAACAAACUCUGGGAAUCCAAUGACGAGCUGUACGACUAUGUUGCCAAGGUCGAGCCUGCUGAGCGAGCCUAUUUUGAACUCCAGGUCAAGGCAGUCCUGACUGGCCGACGCCGCAGCCAAGGUGGCAAGCGGGGCGAUCUCGAUAUUGUAGAGGUCGACGAAGCCGGCCUUGUCAAGAUCAAUCCUCUGGCUAACUGGUCCUUUGCACAAGUCAAAGAGUAUGUAGACGCCAACAACGUCCCAUACAACGACCUAUUGAACCGAGGCUACAAGAGCGUCGGUGACUGGCACUCGACCCAGCCCGUCGCUGCUGGCGAGGACGAGCGCUCUGGACGCUGGAAGGGCAAGAACAAGACCGAAUGCGGCAUCCACAACCCCAAGUCUCGCUACGCACAGUUCCUCCAAGAACAAGAGAUCAAGCAAAGGCAGGAGGAGUUGGCCAAUGCCUUGGAGCAAGUAUCAUUGAAAGCUUGA